GCCACGCGACCCUCCACACCUCUGACAUGUGACCGUACAGCAUGGAAGACUGUGAUCUCGCCCAGUACCGCGACAUGAUCAUCGAAGGGGAACUACCUCUGGACUUGAGGCCGCCGCCGCGCCUCUAUUUACCUCAUUACCUGCGCGACGAUGGAGAUCCGGAAUAUCCGCAAGACGACACCUACGUCUCCGUGGACGAAGACACGCCAGACUUGCCGCCGCCGUCCAGCGACUCCGAGAGAUACGACGCGCCCAGCCCGACCGACAAAAAGCCUGCCUCACCGAAGAAACCCAAACAGAAAUCGUCUUCUCAACUCAUCAAACCACCAUAUUCGUACAUUGCUUUAAUAACGAUGGCGAUUCUUCAGUCGCCGCACAAGAAGCUGACUCUGAGUGGUAUUUGUGAGUUCAUUAUGACAAGAUUUCCGUAUUAUAGAGAAAAGUUUCCGGCGUGGCAGAAUUCGAUACGGCAUAACUUGAGUUUGAACGAUUGCUUUAUAAAGAUUCCACGAGAGCCCGGGAAUCCUGGGAAAGGAAACUAUUGGACGCUGGACCCGUUGGCCGAGGACAUGUUCGACAACGGGAGCUUCCUGAGGCGCCGGAAAAGGUACAAAAGACCGGCUCCUUCAUUACAACACGCUCACGCGGUUGUGGCCAUGUUGGCGAGGGAGGCUUACGCUCCGCUGCUGCCUCUACCGUGUUAUCUACCGCCCACGCCACUGCUGGCCCUACCUCGUCCGCCUCCAGCAACGCUGCGGCCUGUGCCCCUACCGCCAAGGGUCUCUGAGACUACGGAACCUCGCAGUAAGAGAUCGCGCAACGGUUUUUCAAUAGAGUCCAUUAUUGGCUCACAAGAUUCAAUGUCAGAGCCGAGGAGAAGCGCGUUUUUGCCCCUGCACCCCGGGAACAGUCCGCCCGACGACUGGGCAAGGUGAAUGUUUCUGAACGGGUGCGUGUCAACUCCAUCCCCGUUCUAAAACCCGCCGUCGGUAAACGCCGGCUCUGUGUUCUAUUAGGCCAAAGAAAGUGUUCUUAGGUGCCGAGUGUAAA